CAUGUAGCUAGCCUAGUUUUGGGCUGACGCAAGAUCCUUGUCCACGCUCUUCAUUCUCAACCCAACCCAACCCAAAUCAAACCAAACCAAAACCAUUCAUUCAUAUUCAUUCAUUCAGCAGCACGACCACACUCUCUGCAAUUCGCCAUGGCCGCAUCUAUCACCCUCUCCAAAUUCCUCGCUUCCACCACAUUCACUUCAUCUCUCUUCCCACCUAAAACCCUGCCGUCGAAACUCCCUCUCACCCUCAAACUCACCAAUCGCCGCCACCCAAAGCCUUUCAGGUUCUCCACCAUCUCCGCCGCCAUCGGCGUCGGUGACAAGCUCCCCGAAGCCACCUUCUCCUACCUGGACUCCGACGGCGAGGUCAAGACCACCACCGUGUCGGAACUAACGAAGGGGAAGAAGGCGGUGCUGUUCGCGGUGCCAGGCGCAUUCACUCCCACGUGCUCGCAGAAGCACGUGCCGGGCUUCGUGGAGAAGUCGGGGGAGCUUAGGGCGAAAGGCGUGGACACCAUUGCGUGCGUUUCGGUGAACGAUGCGUUUGUGAUGAAGGCGUGGAAGGAGCACCUCAAGGUUAACGACGAGGUUCUCUUGUUGUCAGACGGUAACGGAACGUUCACCAGAGCCAUUGGGUGUGAGCUGGAUUUGAGCGACAAGCCGGUAGGGUUGGGCGUUAGGUCACGGCGUUACGCGCUCUUGGCUGAGGAUGGGGUUGUUAAGCUCUUCAAUUUGGAGGAAGGCGGUGCCUUCACUUUCAGCAGUGCUGAUGAUAUCCUCAAAGUACUUUGAAUUCUUCUUGUAAUUUUUCUUACGUUCUCUCCGGAUUUCGUUUUAUGCCUAGACGAGUUGCUUUAAGAAAACAAAAAUGGGUUGAGGGUUAGAUUAGGUUUCUUAGUUUUGGUUCUCUUAAUAAUGUGGAUGGGUUGGACCUGUCUGUGGUGGUUUGUUUGCACUUUGCAUGGUAAAUUAUAUUUUGUUCUUUAAGUUGAAAGAAAAAUUGGAGUGAUUGAUGGAAAUGGAACUAUGCUGGGCUAGUUUAUAAUGCUAAGUGGUUGAUAAUUAAAGCGUUACUUCAUCUAGUGAGACAGCUUAAUUAUUCUAUGUCACAUGAAACUUCAGUAAGUGGUAAUCUUUGUUAGGAAGUAUAUGGCCAGGACCCUACCGUUUUCACUUUCCAUUACCCGGUUUUGUACCUAUGCCAUCUCCGUUUUAAGUGUUUCCAAUUUCUUGAUCCUCCAAUUUUGAGCAAAUCCCUCCAUGGCAUUGGGCUCUCCACUUCAGGGCUCAGCAGGAUAUGGCACCUUGUGCAAGUUGACCAUUUUUUAAAGAAAGGGUAAAUCAGAAAUCUAUUGAAGCAUCAUUGAAAGACCCCCUGUUUCAUGAAAAUCGUUUAAUUUCCAAGUUCCUGUCCGUUGGUUAGUAUUUACCAUACAGUGACACUGAUAUGAUCUCUAAGCUUUAGGUUGUGCGAUGCUUCUUGGUGGUGAGAAAACGGUAAUCAUAUCAGGACUAGUCACCUCUCAGAAUACGAGGUGGCUUAGUUCUUUUGUCCGUAAUUUGGAAACACCAAGACAAGCUAGUAAUCUAGACAAAGCUUCACUUUCUUUGUUUAAAUCGUAAUAAUGACGGGAAAUUGGGAUGUGU